GGAACUGGGAGUGGCCAGAGUGAACUGAGAGAGAGUGACAGGCAGGUGAACAGAGUGAGCCAAUUAGCACCAACCACAGGAAGAGUGGGAGAGGGAGAGGAGAGGUGGACCACGGAGUGGUUAACCUCAUGACAUCACAAGCUGCGAGCUGAUUGGCUGCUGCCUGAGGCUUGAGGGUUUAUAAGCCAACCAGGAGCCUCACCAUCAGCACAAGCAUCACUCAGCAGAGAACGACAUCAAGGGAAACUCAGGAGAUAAACUCUAGACAGACCACGUCUAUCUGCUUCUGCUCCAACAACCUACAGCCGCUGAACUCCUGAAGCUUCCUCCCUGUGCAAACAAGAUACCAAACUGUGACACAAUGAAAGUGGCCGUUGUUUUCGUUCUGCUCUUCGCCACGGUUCUCUGCCGGCCGGCGAGAAAAGUUCCUGCCAGCAGUUCAGAGAGCUCUGAGGAAGUGGUGAGACGACCAGAAGCCCCGCCGGCAGAGGUUCCUGCAGCUCCUGUUCAGAACUUUGCUGCAGCAGCCGGCUCAGACGAGAGCACAGAGAGUUCAGAUGAAGACGUGCAGGCGGCAGCAGAGGCUCCAGUAGAAGUCAAAUCCGAAAUCACGGACACAACUUCAUCCCCAGAUACAGCCACUGUCGACAGCCAGGACAGUGAAGACAGCGAUGAUGAUGAUGAUGAUGCAGAGGAGAGUGAAACCAAGGAGGAUGAAGAUAGUGAAAGCACAGAGUCAGGCGAGUCCUCCAGCCCCGCCCCUGUCACCGUCACCCCUGUGAUCGUCACAGAGGAACCCGUUGCUGAAACCACUGCUGAGCCCAUCGUGCCCACCAUCGUCACUGACAUGGAAAUGGAAACCGCCCGCGGCGACAGCUUGGGAGGCUACCCCAGCGACUACAAGUCCAUCAUCUACGUGGAGGACAAAUCCUACCACAAGGUCCCCGCUCCCUACAAGUCCUACGAGUAUAUGGGCACAGGAAAGAAGAUGGCCUACGACAUGACGGAGGGCAAUGAGGUGGACAAGUCACUGAAGGUGUACAAGGCUAUUCAGGUCCACUCCGACCUCCUGGAGGAGGACACCAGCACCCCUGAGGUGGAGAGCCAGGGCCUCGACAUCUCCGCCAGCACCACUCAGGACCAGGACCUCAGCCCCCGCCAGGCUCCCCUCCCAGAGGAGGAGGAGAGCGCAAGCACCAGCGACGCCACCACCAGCGACGCCACCACCAGCGAGAGCGAGAGCUCCAGCACUCCGGAGGAGGAGGAGGAGAAGCAGAGUGACAGCUCCGCCAGUGCAAGCACCAGCCAGGAGUCGGAGGACGAGGACAGCCAGAGCAGCGAGGAGACCACUGCCACGCCCGGAGCCGCUGACAGCGAAUCAGAUGAGAGCACCGAGAGCGAUUCAGAUGAGAAGGCGGCAGGACAAGCCACCACCACUGACAUGCCAGUGGUCAUCACUGCCAAAUAGAUGAUAAUUCCUUGAAAGGGGAAUGGGGGGCUGUGUCAGAAAGGGUCACAUAAAGAGCACACGCUGCAUCCAGGUGCAAAUCACUCCCCCCUCCCCCAGAGCCACUUCCCACUCUGGGGCCAAACAGGGACCACCAUGCCUAAAUAUUAAUGAUUUCAAUAUGUUCAGACAAUAUUUCUGUGAUUAUUUGUGCAUCUUUUGGGAAACAGAAAUGCUUUUCCUUCUGGAUUGUAUUUAAAUAAACCAAUAACUCCUGCAUCCUGUGGUCUGGUUGCCCUGCUAGAUUCCCAUGUUUGACCCCGCAGAGGAAAAGUGGUAGGAUGUUGAAACAGACGACUGCAACGUAGAGGUUGACUGACCUCAUGACUUUUGUCCUCUACCCUCUCUAACUGAAGGGUUAAAGGUCAAAACUGGAAAAGAACAUAGAUACAAAGUUGAGUCCUGAUAUCUACACUCGCACAUCACUACAUUUAACCAUUACCUAAUAACUGCAACGUGCAAACUUACAUUGUUUUUGUGCUUAUAAGACAAGAGCAAAAAAGUGCACCGUUUAUUUAAGUACUUGUAAUCAUUUCAAGCAUGAUAUAAUUUAAACUUGACAUUAAGCCAUACAUUUGCUGCCUGUAUGGCUUAGCUUAGUUGCUCGCUAGUAUCAAACCUGCUGGUGUAGAUAAAAGGAUUUAGACGGAGAGAAACCCCCAUCUAUCAAAGGGUUCAAUCCGGUAUAGAUACAGUACACACAACACAUUCCUGUUCAUUUGCACAAUUACCUACCUGAACAUGUUGUUU